CUUUAAACGAGGAAACAGCAGAGAAAGCGAUUCUCACCUUGUUCCUGCUGGAGCGGCUUCUUACUUCCCCCUCCCCUGUUUUUAAUAAUUCCUCUGCAGCCGGAAAUCAUCAUCAUCAUCCGAAUAAUAAAGCAAAUCUCUUCCUGCUGCCAAACUCUCCCAGUGUUUGUGCCUCUGCCCCCUGCAAUCUCUCCUCCUGGGCCCGGAGGGCUGUGCGCAGCCGGGGUGUGGAGGAGUGUCCUCGGCUCGCAGUGGAUCUCUGAGCCGGGGCUGUGCUUCAAGAGCCGGGCACAUCAGCAUGACUCACUCCCCGGUGCAGACCGGCCUGCCUGGGAUGCAGAGUUUAAAAGCAGACCCUGAGGAACUGUUCCAAAAACUGGAGAAAAUUGGUAAAGGAUCAUUUGGAGAAGUGUUCAAAGGAAUUGACAACAGGACUCAGAAAGUAGUGGCUAUAAAAAUUAUAGACUUAGAAGAAGCAGAAGAUGAAAUUGAAGACAUUCAACAGGAAAUCACCGUUUUGAGCCAGUGUGAUAGUCCAUAUGUAACAAAGUAUUAUGGUUCUUAUCUUAAGGACACAAAAUUAUGGAUUAUAAUGGAAUAUCUUGGAGGGGGCUCUGCUCUGGACCUGUUGGAGCUCGGCCACUUAGAUGAAACGCAGAUUGCAACAAUCUUAAGAGAGAUAUUGAAGGGACUCGAUUACUUGCAUUCAGAAAAGAAAAUCCACCGGGAUAUUAAAGCUGCCAAUGUCUUGCUGUCUGAACAAGGAGAAGUAAAACUAGCUGAUUUUGGUGUAGCAGGCCAGCUCACGGACACUCAAAUUAAGAGAAACACAUUUGUGGGUACACCGUUCUGGAUGGCACCAGAGGUCAUAAAGCAGUCUGCAUACGAUUCUAAGGCAGACAUUUGGUCCUUGGGCAUAACAGCCAUUGAACUUGCUAAAGGAGAACCGCCACAUUCAGAACUGCAUCCUAUGAAAGUAUUGUUCCUUAUUCCCAAAAACAACCCUCCCACGCUUGAAGGGAACUACAGCAAAAGCCUGAAGGAGUUUGUGGAAGCGUGUUUAAACAAAGAGCCCAGCUUUAGGCCUACAGCUAAGGAACUGCUGAAACACAAAUUUAUUGUCAGAAAUGCCAAGAAAACAUCUUAUUUAACAGAGCUCAUUGACAGAUACAAGCGCAUGAAAAUAGAACAGGGUCAUGGUGGCUCCAGUUCCGACCCUGAGGAAGAUGAUUAUAGUCAAGAUACAAGUGACAAAGAUGAUUGGAUAUUUACGAAAAAAGAGGUAGACCUUAAGAAGUUGAUGAAUGGAGAAGGUCAAUUUGAAGCAUUAGACCAAAAUCAAGUUAAAGAUAUCCCAAAGCGACCUUUGUCCCAGUGUUUGUCUACAAUAAUGUCACCCUUAUUUGCAGAGUUGAAAGAGAAGAGCCGGGCUUGUGGGGGCAACGUAGGGUCAAUAGAGCAACUGAGAGAGGCAAUUUACUUAGCUGAAGAAGCCUGUCCAGGUAUCUCGGACUCCAUGGUGUCUCAGCUUUUAUUGAGGCUUCAAAGGUUUUCAGUCAAUGGAGCAGACUCUUCCUCACACUGAAGAUUAUUUUUGUUGAUAAAACUGAUGGACCUUUCAUUGUUCUCCUUAUCAGAUGUUCCUCUGUUCACGGAGAGUCACGGGAUGGGGACAUACAAGACGUAUUAGUGACUCUUAGAUUGGGUGUCUCCUUCACCUUAUUAAAGCUAUAGUUUUUAAGUUUUUAAUUUGUUUUUCUAAUCAUAGGACAGAUCUGAAAAACAAAAACAAAAAAAAUGUAUGUACUGUGAUGAGGCAGAUGAAGAUAUUGUGAAACCUCAGGUAUCUUGCUUUAAGCACUCAGCUUCACUGCGAGAUGUAAUAAAAACUGUUGGAUAUCUGUACAGGAAUGUGUAUAUAUAUAUAGUAUCAUUUUUACAGAAAUCUGGAGUAAUUUGAGCAUGUCUAAUGCACCCCUGAGAAAGUAAGUCCACCUGUAGAUAAUGUUAAUGGAUUAAAUAUUUAAAAACACAUAUAA